UUGUAUACUGCGUGUAAGAAAAGAGAAAAGAAGUUAUAAAGAAGUUCAUCAUUGUCAGACGAAAUUCGUACAUCGGUAACAGACUUGAGUAGUAAUGAAAAUGCGGCACCGAGUCCGGAGACCGGUCAUAGUAUACGCGAUGUAUAUACAUGUACUGAUAUACAUAUAUUACUCCGGAUGUGCCCUCGUGUGCAAGCGAGUUGUACAACAAAUCGUGAUCACGGUGGGAGAGAGUCUUUGUUCUUGUAAGGGAAGGCACGAUGUAUAAAAGACACCGAAGUAAUCGAGAAUAGGCAUCGCAGUGAACGCAGCGAGACAAUCAUUUACGCACCGCACUCACCGCAGUUAAAAAUGAUGACCAAAAUCUUUGUUCUCAUUGGCGCUCUCGUGGCCGUCUCUUCGGUCUGUUCCGCCGGAGUGAUUCCUGCAGCGAUCCCAGCAAUUGCAGCGGCGCCGGCGGUGCCCGCAGCUCUGACAGUCGGUACCUACGCCUCGAGUUACAAUGCACAUGCCGUCAAUCACGCCAUUGCCGCUCCAUACGUAGCGGCUGCGCCAUUGGCUUAUUCCGCUUAUUCCGCUUAUCCCGCUCUACCGGCGGCUUAUUCGGCUUAUUCCGCCCCUAUCAUCGCCGGAAGACGCUAAAAACAGCUGGACAAAAAAAAAACACAUCAAACCAUAUUGACCUCUAUCCGUUAGAUCUGACAUACACUAAUUGGCAAUUGAUAUCAAUGAUAUCGACAUGUGCGUUAUCGACAUACGAUAUCCAAUUUUUUUCAUAAUUUCUUCUUUACAUUAUACAAUGAUAUACACAC